GUUACAAAUGGUGUGGGUUUUUAUCAUGAAUCGAAUGAGCUCCCAGAGCAGUUCAACCGCGCAGCGUAGGCGAAUGGCUCUAGGAAUUGUCAUUCUUCUCCUCGUUGAUGUGAUAUGGGUUGCCUCUUCAGAACUCACUUCUUAUGUUUUUACAAAGUACAACAAACCUUUUUUCAGUACGUUUGCAAAAACAUCCAUGUUUGUUCUAUACCUCUUGGGAUUUAUUGUUUGGAAACCAUGGAGGCAACAGUGUACUCGUGGAUUUCGUGGAAGGCAUACAGCUUUUUUUGCAGAUGCUGAAGGUUAUUUUGCUGCUUGUACAACAGAUAACACUGUAAACAGUUCUCUGAGUGAACCUUUAUAUGUUCCUGUAAAGUUUCAUGAUUUGCCAACUGAAAAAAAUGGCAGUAAUAAUAGUGAUGCAGAGAAAACUCCCAAAAAGCCUCGAGUAAGGUUCAGUAAUAUUAUGGAGAUUCGACAGCUCCCAUCAAGCCAUGCAUUGGAAGCAAAGUUGUCUCGCAUGUCAUAUCCAACAGUUAAGGAGCAGGAAUCAAUAUUAAAAACUGUAGGAAAACUCACUGCGACUCAAGUAGCAAAAAUUAGCUUUUUCUUUUGCUUUGUGUGGUUCUUGGCAAAUUUCUCUUACCAAGAAGCUCUGUCAGAUACCCAAGUUGCCAUAGUUAAUAUCUUGUCCUCAACCUCUGGGCUUUUUACUUUAAUCUUAGCUGCAGUGUUUCCCAGUAACAGUGGAGAUAGAUUUACCUUGUCGAAAUUAUUAGCUGUUAUUUUAAGCAUUGGUGGUGUGGUACUUGUUAACCUUUCUGGAUCUGAGAACUCUGCUGGGAAAGAUACAAUAGGUUCCCUUUGGUCUCUUGUAGGAGCAAUGCUAUAUGCUGUCUACAUAGUAAUGAUAAAAAGGAAAGUAGAUAGAGAAGAUAAACUUGACAUACCAAUGUUCUUUGGUUUUGUGGGGCUGUUUAAUCUGUUGCUGCUGUGGCCAGGGUUUUUCCUGCUUCACUAUACUGGGUUUGAAGCAUUUGAGUUUCCCAAUAAACUGAUAUGGAUGUGCAUUGUCAUUAAUGGCCUUAUUGGAACAGUUCUGUCAGAGUUCCUCUGGCUAUGGGGAUGUUUUCUUACCUCAUCACUGAUAGGCACACUUGCUCUAAGCCUUACAAUACCUCUGUCCAUAAUAGCCGACAUGUGCAUGCAAAAGGUGCAGUUUUCCUGGUUAUUUUUUGCAGGAGCAGUGCCUGUGUUUUUUUCUUUCUUCAUUGCAACUCUCUUAUGUCACUAUAACAACUGGGAUCCAGUAAUGGUGGGAAUCAGAAGAAUUUUUGCCUUCAUUUGUAGAAAACAUCGAAUUCAGAGAAUGCCAGAAGAAAGUGAGCAGUGUGAAAGUCUCAUUCCUAUGCAUAGUGUUUCACAAGAUGGAGACAGUUGCUGUUCAUAG